ACCCUCGUUGUCAUAUCAAAUCUGUCACUCGUUAGACCAGACUACCAUUCCCACUCUCGCUUUUUAACUACAUUACUCAACUAAUUCUAAUACCCACACCUCCAAAAACCAUCAACAUGCGUUUCACAUCCAUCCUCGCUGCCGGUGCUUUCGCCACCAUGGCCUCUGCCCAGAGCAAGACCGUCUCUAUGGACCCUGCUCAGGCUUCCCAGAUGGACUGCCUCAAGGACUGUGAGGCUGGCGAUGUCAAGUGCCAGUCUUACUGUAUCACUGUUCCUUCUCCCAACGAGCAGGACAUUGAGAAGACCACCAAGUGUGUUGCCGCCUGCCCCAAGGGUAAGGGCUCCGAGGCCGAUACCCAGAAGUACACCACCUGCAUGAACGAGUGUAUCGCCGACAACUACUGGAAGUCCGUUGACGGUACCCCCCGUGGCACCGACGUCCCCGAUGUCAAGAGCCAGGCCUCCGAGGCUGCCUCCUCCGCCGCUGACAAGGCCACCGCUACCGGUACCGCUUCCGAGUCUGAUGCUACCGCCACUGCUGCCGCUACCAACUCCGAGUCUGGUUCUGAAUCCAGCUCCGAGGAGACCAGCACUGCCACCGGCUCCGGCACUGCCACUGGCACCGCUGCAGAGGUAUCCGAGACUGGCAACGCCGCCUCUUCUCUCAUUGGUGGUGUCUCCUUCCUCGGUCUCGUUGCCGCUAUCUUCGCUCUGUAAAUUGGGUUUCCUACUUUAGGAUAAUCUGGUUCGACAGGACGGAAGGAUUUAAUGGGUUUUACUAGAGCGGUAAUGAUUGGAGUUUGAAUUUCAAGAUGUGACACAUGUUGGACAGCAUGAUGAAGGCCUACGGGCUGAAUCGAAUUUCAUGGACAAAUUUUUGUUUUUUUGGGUAAUCAUUUCGCGUUCACAUAUGGCUCGGCAUAUGAGCAUGAAUACAAUACCUCUUUUUUGCGCCUCAAUUGCAAUUUCUUCUGCUCAGAGUGAUUCCAACUUACAACUCGCAGCGCGGCCACUGAGGUCGUGCUAAGGGUGGGUCUUUUGUCCGUGAUUGGCUCACGAUUCCCAAUCGGGUACUUCAAACGUUAGCUUGUAAACAAGCGAAAUGAGGGUCUGACGAUGCAUGUUCAAAGCGUAAAAACCAAUUGAAUUCAACGGUAAAAGAAUCGUCUAGAAGAGCGAGUUUCCGACGCAAAUUCAUGCUUCCAACU